AUGGCCCGGAGACCCGGGGCGCCGGCCGCCUACGGGGAGGACUUCUCCUUCGUCAGUCCGCUGGUGAAAUACCUGCUCUUCUUCUUCAACAUGCUCUUCUGGGUGAUUUCCAUGGUGAUGGUUGCCGUGGGAGUCUAUGCUCGGCUGAUGAAGCAUGCAGAAGCAGCGCUGGCCUGCCUGGCCAUGGACCCUGCCAUCCUGCUGAUCGUGGUGGGCGUCCUCAUGUUCCUGCUCACCUUCUGUGGCUGCAUCGGCUCUCUCCGAGAGAACAUCUGCCUCCUGCAGACGUUCUCCCUCUGUCUCACCAUCGUGUUCCUGCUACAGCUGGCAGCCGGGGUCCUGGGCUUCGUCUUCUCAGACAAGGCGCGGGGGAAAGUGAGUGAGAUCAUCAAUAAUGCCAUUGUGCACUACCGAGAUGACUUGGACCUGCAGAACCUCAUUGAUUUUGGCCAGAAGAAGUUCAGCUGCUGUGGAGGGAUUUCCUACAAGGACUGGUCCCUGAACAUGUACUUCAACUGUUCGGAAGACAACCCCAGCCGUGAGCGCUGCUCUGUGCCUUACUCCUGUUGCUUGCCUACCCCCAACCAGGCAGUGAUCAACACCAUGUGCGGCCAAGGUAUGCAGGCCCUUGACUACUUGGAAGCUAGUAAAGUCAUCUACACCAAUGGCUGUAUUGACAGAUUGGUCAACUGGAUACACAGCAACCUCUUCGUACUUGGUGGUGUGGCACUGGGCCUGGCCAUCCCCCAGCUGGUGGGAAUCCUGCUGUCCAUGAUCCUCAUGAGUCAGAUCAAAGAUCAGAUCAAACUACAGCUCUACAACCAGCAGCACCGGGCUGACCCAUGGUACUGAGAAUCCAUCCUGCACCUCCUCGUUAGGGCAACAGGCGAGCCUCAUCAACCAACGGCAGUGGUUACAGCUCUCAGCACCAAAUGGAGAUUUGGGUUCCAGCCCCACAAGCGACGGCCCAGUGGCAAGAAGCAAACUCCAGAUGCCAGAA